CUCCGAUCUCAGAAGUGUUGUUGAACGUGGGCUAUGCGCGCAACAAGGGGGGAGCGCAGUGUACAGAGGAGGUGAACGCAGCUUCAGAUUCACAGCCUCCUUCUUGAAGAGUCACUGCACUGACAGAGGAAAGGAGUGAGGGAACAAGAGGAACUCCUAGAAAACAGCAACUCUUGGAGAGAACUACGUGAGUACAGCAUAUACAGUUUUCAAAACAAAAGCUAGGAUAGAGAAAAGGGCGGAAGAGUAGACUUUUCCUGGUCAGAAUCUGCUCUGGAAGAGAAAAAUGAAUGCCAGCGAUGAGAACCUGCUCAAAUCCAUCAGCAACGACGCGCUCCUCGACCUGACGCAGCGCUACGGCCAAUCAGCCUUCGGGUUCGGACCCAGCCACGGCGCUGGAAGUCCCGGCCGGUUCCCUCUCACACCGGCCACCGACUUCCUCUCCGGGCAGACCGCGAAGUCCAACGAGAGCGGCGGGGAGCACACGAGCGACGACGAGGACGGCUUCGACUCUCUGGAGUCCCGGAAAAGAGGCUCGUCAUUUGGGGACGACAAGCCCGGGGGGGCCCUCACCAAAAAGUCCAAGGAACAGCGCUCCCUGCGGCUCAGCAUCAACGCCCGGGAGAGGAGGAGGAUGCAUGAUCUGAACGACGCGCUGGACGGCCUGCGCGCUGUUAUCCCCUACGCCCACAGCCCCUCGGUGAGAAAACUCUCCAAAAUAGCCACUCUCCUCCUGGCCAAGAACUAUAUCCUCAUGCAGGCUCAGGCUCUGGAGGAGAUGAGGCGGCUGGUGGCGUAUCUGAACCAGGGACAGACCAUAACUUCACCUAUCCCCACCGCCCUGGCGCCCUUUGGACAGGCUGCCGUCUACCCGUUCUCGGGCUCUGCACUCGCCACCUGUGCCGAAAAGUGCACCACUUACUCCGGGACACCGUCGAGUCUCUUCAAACACUGUAACGACAAGCCUUGAUUUGGUUUCUUUCUCUUUCCUGAACUUUUACCUAUACUGCACCCAUGUUGGUCUCUCUCUCUCUCUCCCACUCUAGUUAUUUUUGAAAUCAUUCUGUGGAAAAUAAAACAAGUUUAGUCUAAUGCAUAAUCUUAAAAUAUGGUUAAGUAAUUAUACUGCAAUGUUUCAUCCCGAUUUAACAGACGCUACUUAGAAAAUAAGCAGUUUGGGCCUUCUUGUAAGAUGAAGUUUGUCGCUACUUUACACACACCACAGGUCCAAAUUAAGUUUUGGUAAAUUUGAGUUUUCAGCUCUUAUUUGUAAUCUAUGCAACAUUCAACAACAACAACAUGAAAAGUGGAAAUGCGACCUGAUCUCGACCUUUAGAAUAAAUACAGCAAUUAUGAAAGGACUUCCCUGGACUGACUGUACUGAUGAUGCUCUGUGGAGCAACUAAUGUGAUGUUGGCUGAUAUAUUUUCUGAAACGAUGUGUUGACAAGUUUGUUUGUUUUUUAAUUUAAUUUAUUUUAAGUUAUUGCACAUCUCACAUGAUUGUAAUGUACAACUGUGGAAAAUCACUUGCUCCAAGCCCGGCUAUACUAAUGAUUAUAUAAAUACAGCCUUUACAUUGACUGAAGAAGCGUUUUUUUUUUGGUUGUGUUGCAACAUGGAUUUCAUAUAUUGUUUAUAUGUCUUUAUAAUUAAAACACAUAUCUAUGCUUGGA